GUUAAAGUGAUGUUCUGUAAUCCAACACACAGUGCUAUGUUACCAUGUAAAUAUUUCCUUGGAGGAAGUUGUAGAUUUAGUGAAGGAGAAUGCAGGUAUAGUCAUGGACAUGAAGUAGCUUUAGAAGACCUUCAAGAAUAUCAGGAUCCAGAUCAUAGUAUAUUGAAAUUAGAGUCUCGUUGCCUGGCGAGGUACGAGGAUGAUGAUCUAUGGUAUAAAGCCACUAUAGUUGAUCUACAUGAUGAGGGCACUACUGUAACAUUUGAUGAUUAUAAUGAUACACCUCUAUAUCUAUGCUUCGAGGAUAUACUUCCCUUAGGUGACAAUGUAGAAGAAUCCAGUGAUUCUGAUGAAGGUCCAAUCAACAGACAAGAUUCAGAUGAAGAUGAUGAACUUCCUGUGUUUCUAUGGAAACCAAAGUCACAUGGUCUUGGUGAUCUAGGUCAGUGGGAAGCUCAUACAAAGGGUAUAGGAAGUAAAUUAUUGACCAAGAUGGGUUAUGUACCUGGACAAGGGCUUGGUAAGGCCGGAGAAGGUCGUAUUCAACCAGUUCCCAUACAACUUCUUCCUCAAGGAAAAUCAUUGGACAAGAUUAUGGAGCUGAAGGAACUGGCUGGAGAGAGAGACAUGUUUGAUGUGAUGAAGAAAGAAGAGAGAAAGAAGAAGAAACAAGAGGAGAAGUUACAGAAUCAGCCGGACGGACAAUAUGUACCAAAUGUGUUUGACAUCAUAAACAGAAAACUGCAUGGGAAGAAAG